GUGCAGAUAACUUCAGAUCUGCAUAACUGCGCAUGCGCGUCUUCGCGGUCACCUGCUGCUGCAGCCCAGACAGACACGACCUACAGCUGUUGUGACCCAAGUACCCUGCAGAAAACUGCCCUCCAGGGUGUAUAUUUUACAGAAGAGUGUGUUGCUGAUGUGAAGAUGGAGGACCAGGCUGUGGAGCUCUGAGCCUCCCAUGGCUGUCAGCACCAUGGACUCGGAGUCGUCCAGGACCCCUCAGCCUGCGCCCGCCCUGACAAAAGGGGGCUACUCCCUGCUGUCCGCUCAAGCUCUGGGUGCCAGGCUGGGCACCCAAGGGAAACACUAUUUUUGCGGCUCGGUUGCAGCUUUUACCAACAUCGUGGUGACUUUCCCCAUCCAGAAGGUGCUGUUCCGCCAACAGUUACACGGUGUGUUGGCCACUGAGGCGGUGCAGCAGCUGCAGAGGGAUGGGCUGAGGAAUCUGUAUCGGGGUCUGCUGCCCCCGCUGCUCCAGAAGAGCACUACAGUGGCCAUCAUGUUUGGCCUGUACGAGGACUUCUCUAGAGUCUUACUAGACCGGGCCGCUGGCAGCGGUAUACCGGAGCUGGCAACCCGGAGCUUUGCUGCAGCGUUGGCAGGAACCGCAGAGGCCGUCCUGACGCCGUUUGAGCGUGUGCAGACUCUUUUACAAGACCAUCGUCACCACGGGCGCUUCAAAAACACAGUCCACACCUUCCGUACACUAGUGACUGAGCAUGGUGUCAGAGAGUGCUACCGUGGCCUGGUGCCUAUACUUAUUCGUAACGGCCCCAGCAAUGUGCUCUUCUUCGGGCUCCGUGGGCCCAUCAAGGAGCAGCUCCCAGAAGUCAAUAGCCGGGCAGGUCACAUGGCAAGUGAUUUUGUAUGUGGAGGGUUGUUGGGGGCAGCCCUUGGCAUUAUGUUCUAUCCCUUAAAUGUGGUCAAGUCCCGGGCCCAGUCUCAGGUGGGUGGAGCCUUCCAGCCUUGCAGGCAGGUGCUGCUAACAGUGUGGAGAGAAAGGGGCGGCAGUGUUGCCAUGCUCUUCAGAGGGGCCACUCUCAACUACCACCGUUCACUGCUCUCCUGGGGGAUCAUUAAUGCCACCUAUGAGCUGCUGCUGAAGGAGCUGUCAUAAUAGAGAUAUAGAGAGCCAGAGAAAGCAUUUAAAGGGAAAAUCCUGUGUAAAGUUUGAGAGUCAUUUGUUGAGAAGAAAGGAAACCGUCAAGUAAAGCCGAUGUACUUGCGGUCUGGCACAUUUUUUGGGGGCACACAGACUGAAAGACUGCAACAUAGUUGCACUUCUAACAGGGGCCAACAGUCAGUGUAAGAUAACCCACCUGCCACAUGCCAUGACUAUUUACUGUUGUCAGUAUUUAAAACAAGACACGAGCUUUAGCCUAUACAAACUUGUGCCAGGGUCCAAUUAAAAUGCCCUUGUUUGCUCUCUGUUCAAACAUGUUGUUGAGCAAACAACAUUUUAGCGCUUUUUUCCCACAGUUUCAAGCAAAAGUUAGUUCAAUAGAUUAACUGUUUCGUCGUAUGUGCUGUGCUGCUUUGUGGACAACAUGCGUCUGUUUGUUUGACCAAGAGUAUUUCCUCUGUCGGGCUGCUUUCUGCCCCUUAACUCAAUCACUUUUGUACUUUUGACAAUGGAAAUACCCCAAGAUGUUCUGGCAAGAAGAGUGUAAUAACAUAUAGAGUUGGCUGUAUUAUUUCUAUUUGUGCUCCAUCAAACUAUUCAGCCUAUAUAAUUAGGAUAUGAUCAAAAAUCUAUCAUUUCAGAAAUUGUUGAAAUAAGUGUGAGUGAUGUAUGUUCUUGGAAAUACUGUCAGGCUUUUUUAAACAGUUCCUCCUUUUACACAUGAUUUUAGUUUUGUUUGCCGAUUCAAAAUGUAAUGUUCUUUCAGGCACAAUUAGUCUUUGUUUGAUUCAUAAAGUGCUCCUGGCAUGUGUUGUUUGAGUUUUGAGAAGUGCCCGUUGAUGUCAGUAAAACACAGUUACACCCAGAUCUUGUCUUGUUUGUAUAAUUACAAAGGAAAAAUGUGUUCAAUCUUUACACCACAGAACAUUUUUGUUUUUAUUUUAAUUUUACAAAACCUUUGCAGUUCCAGAAGAAUACCUUUUGAAAUGUGUGGGCAUUUAUUUUGUUCAUUGAUUUUUGAAAGUAGUGCUCCUAAAUGUUUUUUUCCAGUUUAAUAAACUUCAAAUAUCACCUUUU